AUGUCCAAUAAUCCCGUCAUUCAAGUUCUCACUUGGUACUGGCCAGCGGUCCUAGCCGUUGCUUUCGUCUCGUACCUGGUCAAGAAUCGAUUUAAUCGCGGCUUGAACAAGUAUCCCGGGCCCUUCCUCGCCUCUCUGACAGACUGGUGGAGAUUCUGGGACGUUUACAAACGCCGGCCAGAAGUUACGCAUAUCCAGUUGCAUGCCAAGCAUGGAAAUGUGGUACGGCUAGGGCCUAACGAUUUGUCGUUCGCUGAUCCGAAAGCUUUGAAAACAAUCUAUGGGCUCAACAAGGGUUUCACGAAGUCUGGCUUCUACCCCGUGCAAAUGACUGUGUCUAAGGGACACCGUCUUCCUAGUCUCUUCACCUCCCUCUCCGAAGAGUUCCAUGCCCAACUACGACGCUGCGUCAACUCUGCAUUCUCAAUGUCCACCCUGAUCCAAUACGAACCAUUCGUAGAUUCUACGAGCGAACUCUUCUUAUCCCAGACGGAAAAGCUUUACGCCGAUACUGGGGCAGUGUGCGACUUCUCGCGCUGGUUGCAGUUUUAUGCAUUUGAUGUCAUCGGGGAUAUUACUUACAGCAAGAGACACGGGUUUUUGGCAGAGAACAAAGAUAUUGAUGGAAUAGUGCAUUCGAUCUCCAAGUUAUUAGACUACGUUGCUCCUAUUGGACAAAUUCCCUUUCUUGAUCUUUUAUUCAAGAAGAACCCACUUUACCUCCUCGCUUCAACUUACGGACUUGUCGAUUCCACCUUUGCUGUUGCUCGCUUUGCACAAGUACGCAUCCGUGAACGCUUCCCCCACAUGGCCCCUGGCUCGAUUCUGCCAACCAAUAUCUCCAAAGAAUCCAUGGCAACAUCUCCACCCGAUCUCCUUUCAAAAUUUAUCCAAGCCAAAAUCGACAGACCAGAAUUCAUGACCGAUUCGCUUGUCAUGACCAUGGCCGUCAGCAUGGCCUUCGCAGGCAGCGAAACCACCGCCAGCAGCCUCUCCGCGGUGUUCUACUACCUACUAAAAAACCCCCGGUGUAUGCAGAAGCUCCUGAACGAACUGGAUAGUCGAGCCCGUGAAGGCUAUUUCCGGGAUAACGACAAGGGGCUCGUGACGUGGAGCGAGAGCCAAGGAUUGCCCUAUCUCGACGCCUGCAUUAAGGAAGCUUUCCGUCUACACCCCGCUGCUGGCCUCCCCCUAGAACGCGUUGUACCGCCCCAGGGCGCCGAGAUAGCCGGGACGUUCGUCAAAGGCGGGACGAUCGUCGGGUGUUCAGCGUGGGUUAUCCACCGCCGUAAGGAAAUCUUCGGCGAAGAUGUGGACGUCUUCCGCCCGGAACGCUGGCUGGUAGGACAGGGUAGGGAGGGUGUUUUGGAUGACAAGGAGAGGAAUGCGGAAGAGAAGAGGAUUAAGGAAAUGAGUAGUGUGAUGUUGCAUUUUGGCAUGGGGUCUCGCACGUGCAUUGGCAAGAAUAUCAGUCUGCUGGAGAUUUAUAAGUUGGUCCCUGCAGUUCUAAGAAGAUUUGAGGUAAAUCUCGAACAUCCAGAUCUCGAAUGGAAGCUUCAUAAUGCAUGGUUUGUCCGACAGCUGAACUUCCACACCACGUUCACGAGGAGGGAGCUCGUGAAGCCGAUCUCGUGA